CCCUACCCAAAGAGGAGAGGGAAAUGAAAAAUGUAGAGAGGCGCGACAUUGAGUCUCAGCUCACAUUGUGAGGAUUGUGGAAGAGUUGUUUGAGAAUAGUUGAAAUUUCUUGAAACGAGAGAGGGAAUCAAAGAGAAGACGAACGAGGUCUUCUUCUUCUUCAAAGGGAUUCCUAACUGGAGAGAGAAUCAAUCCCUCAAAAGCAAGCUGAAUUUCUCGCAGUUUCAAUUACCACCACAUCAGAAAACGAUCAUCAUCAUUGUUAUCUUCAAUGGGCGACGCUCAACCACCGCCCCCGCCCCCCCCUUCAACAAGGUUUCUCAUGAAGCGCGGCAAGCUACUUUGGCGUGUACUCUUGAUCUCAAAUUUUGCGCUUGGAGCUUAUCUCUUUUCAAGGCCAAAGAAGAAAGCUGUGACUGAGGUUCAUACCAGAAAAGGUCACAAAUUGCAAAUGGAGAAAACUACUGUUGAAAUUCCUGAACCACCCACAACCACCACUUCAGUGGACACAAUUUUUGAUGAUGAUGCAUUCUAUUUGCCUGUCUCUAUACCCGAGGAAGUGCGACCUCCCAUUCCUGAUGAGCAACAACGUGAAGUUUUCAAAUGGAUGCUGGAAGGGAAGAGAAAAGCUCAACCCAAGGACCCUGUAGAGAAGAAGCAAAUAGAUGAAGAAAAAGCCAUCCUCAAAGAGAUUCUACGUGCAGACAUUAUACCAAAGUUUUGAUUCCCACUUCAGUUUCCUCAAUGCUGACAGAUUAAAGUUUCAACACAAUAGAUAGGCUUUGACAAGCUCUGAUUAUUGCGCACGUUGAAGUCCAUUUUUUACUGGAUAGCAUGCAUUAAGCAGUGGCAUUAUACUGCUAAUUCAUUUUUCGCUAUAUUGACAUGAGCGGUCAUCCAGCUUAAUCCAUCCUGACGAAAAUGAGAAAAAAUAUUUUUUUUUUUGGGAUGAUUGUAGAUUUCAUAUCAUAUCAUUGAGUUCAUCAUGUAACACCACCAACUUGUAUCGAGAAUGGGUGCCAGUGUACCGUACUGUUGUCACUUGCCUACUCGUCAGUUGUAUUUUUGGUCCUUGGGCAUGUGAGCUCUGUGCUAAUGAACCAAGGACACGUCAUUGUAAUGAUCAGUGUACGUUGGUUAA